AUGAGCGGUUUCCACGCUGGCCACGAGCACCUGCGUCUCCCGAACGUGACUGACGUGUCGGUGACCUAUGCCGGGGAGACCGAGCCGCCCCCCGGAGCGGGAUUCGAUCCCUUCGAGAGGGAGGUGCACGGACCCACCGUGGUUCUCGACGACCGAGCGAGCAAGAUCCGCGUGGCCAGCAACAACUCCGCGUUUGAAGAUAUCGACGUGUGGACCUGCCACUUUAGCCCCCGAUCCUUCAAGGUGAAAUCCGAGGUAGUCGUGGCGCAGCCUGCUGACGCGCGGAGCGAACUGGAGAACGGACGCUUCGUUCGUAACCGCAUUGUCGUCGUGCAGCGUGGAGACAUCCCGAUUGUGCACAAGGUGCUGGCCGCGCAGCGCGCCGGAGCCCUCGGAGUUAUCGUUGCCGACGACGGGAGGUGCGGCGGCAGCUUCGGACAGCUGUGCGUGUACGGCAGCGACCCCCCCGAGGGCUGGGCGGCCCUCGACAUGCCCCGCCCCUGGCUCGACGUCCGCGUCCCCGUGGUUCUCAUGCUCCGCGAGGACGCGGAGAGGUUGACCGCGGCGGCCGGGGCGGCGGCGGCGCACGCCGAGUCCAUGGCGUGGACCUCGCUGUACGACGGUUGGGUUGAUUCGAUGAGUUCUUCUUCUUCACUUUCGUCGUCGUCGUCGUCUUCGGCGUCUUCGGUGGGAGGCGGGGAUUGGAGAACGAGUAGCGCUCUCUAA